AUGGGAAGUGUACACCAGUGCAACAAGACAAAAAUCUCAAAAAUACAAGCAGUGCAAAUUGAUGUACUGGAUAAACAGCUGGGGGAAUGGAUUAUAGCUCCGGGCCAUGCUGCAGAGCAAGUCUGGGCAGGCAGCAAGCAGUUAGUUGAGGGCAGUUUUGUUAACGCUGGCGGGGGGGAUGCUGCGGCAGGAUCCGUGUUUCGCACAUGCGAGCGGCGGGCGGUGCGCGAGUGUUGCUCCAUCAGGAUUCGGCGAGGAAAAUCAUCGCGAAUUCCUUCAAAUCCGGCCGUGCUCUCCCCUGCCGCGCUGCCCUCCCCUGCCGCCCUGCCUGCUGGGGCUGGUGCGAGCGGCGGGCGGCUGGGGGUGGCCGUCCCCGGGCAGGCAGGGAGGGAAGCGGGCGGAGAGGCGCGCGCCCCCGGCCCCGCCCGCGCGCUCGGUGCGCAGGUGGCGGCAGCGGGCCGGGAUAAGUGCCCAGCACCACCGCACCCUCAGAGACCGGGCCGCAGGAGAUUACCAUUGACAUGUUGGGAUUUCAAAAGCUUGAAAAGCUGGAGUUUGGUGGAAUCAAGGGAAUGUUUUAAAGCAGCAUUGAUGAUUGGACUGAAACCCAGUGGAGACAGAUUAAUGUGGAACAGAUGGAUGUGCAGCUCACAAAGUUUGCCAAGGCCAGGCUUUUAGCAGCAAAGAAGAUACCACCUUGAAAGAUAUUCCAGGACUCCAUGAAGUAGGAGGUGAAGUCUGAAGUAUAGGGGAAAAUGCUUUGAAAGAGUUGGGUACUGAAAAGAUUUUGGCAGAAAUCAGCUGACCAUGGGCGUGCAGUGGGAUUGUCUUACAAAGAGCAUCACAGGAACAGAGCUCCUUUAUUAAGCUCAGAUGAACAGCUGGUGGAAACUUUGGACAACCAAGUUCAUCUGUAAAUGGUUUUGAGAAAUGAAUUUGUGGUAUGUUUCACUGAACAAGUGAAAUUAAACAGCA